GCAGUCUCUGACAAGGGCUUUUCCCCUCGAUUUUGUUAGAUUGGAUCAAGAUAUAUUGUCCCCAUUUGCGGGAAAGAAGCAGUUAUAUACAUACGAAACCAUGGAUUUCUGGGAACAGAUCAAGAUUCCGAGGAUGUCUUUAAAAUGUUCUGGUCUUUAUCUUUCUCGAUUUCGGUUAACUUUCGCUAAUCUAUUGGCUGGUGGAGAUGGAACUAAAAGUGCUUUGAUUGUUGGCGAUGUUUAUGUGCAUCCCUCAGAAAAAGUACAUCUGGCCGCAAAGGUAUUCCAGGUGGUCUUUUUUGUUGAAGCAGUUCUUGAUAUUUGUUGCCCAAUCGUGGAACCAAGUGCUAAGUCGCUUUCAUGAACAGAUUGGCCCCAACGUCUCUAUUUCAGCAAAUGUUCGUAUAGGAGCUGGGGCAAGGCUUAUAAAUUGUAUUGUCUUGGACGAUGUCGAAGUUCAGGAAAACGCAGUUGUUAUCAAUUCUAUUGUCGGAUGGAAGUCGUCUAUAGGGAAGUGGUCUCGUGUCCAGGCUGAUGGAGACUACAAUGCAAAGCUCGGAAUUACUAUCCUUGGUGAGGCUGUAAUUGUAGAAGAUGAAGUUGUGAUCAAUAGUAUCGUUCUUCCGAAUAAGACCCUUAACUUAAGCGUGCAAGAGGAGAUCUUUUUGUGACAACGGAAAUGUCUU